AGCGACGACAGUAGAAGAGGGAGGGGCUGGGGUUGCGAGAGCACCUCGGUAGUGGUGGGCUGCGGCGAAGGUGUCAUGGCUGCUACCACGGAGCUCAGUAGCUCGAGUAGCAAUGACAGGAACCUGGAGCGAAGCAGCAGUCCCCACCUCUCCCGAGAGGUGCUCUGCGAAAUCUUUCGCUCCCUGCACACCCUGGCUGGACAGCUUAACCUCAAAGAUGAUGUGGUGAAAAUUACAAUCGAUUGGAACAAGCUCCAGAGCCUCUCCGCAUUCCAGCCUGCAUCGCUCUUUAGUGCACUUGAGCAACACGUUUUAUAUUUACAGCCUUUUUUAGCAAAACUUCAGCCUCUAAUUAAAGAGGAGAAUUCAACUGCUGUUGAAGAAAUAGGAAAAACAGAAACGGGGAACAAGAAUGAACUAAAUCCCACAUUUCCCAUUGGUGACCUACAAGAGGAAGAAAAGCACAAAGAUUGUGAUUUAGGUGAUGUGAAAAAAAUCCAUUUUGAUCCAGAAGUAGUUCAAAUAAAGGCUGGAAAAGCAGAAAUUGACAGACGAAUAUCUGCAUUUAUUGAAAGAAAGCAAGCUGAAAUAAAUGAAAACAACGUCAGGGAAUUUUGCAAUGUUAUUGAUUGUAAUCAAGAAAAUAGUUGUGCAAGAACUGAUGCCAUUUUUACCCCUUACCCUGGAUUUAAAAGUCAUGUAAAGGUUUCUAGAGUUGUGAAUACAUAUGGACCACAGACUAGACUUGAAGGAAUUCAAGGAUCAGGUCAUAAAUCUACCAGCAUGCUUCGAGACUGUGGCAAUCAGGCUGUGGAAGAACGACUGCAGAAUAUUGAGGCUCACUUGAGAUUGCAGACAGGUGGUCCAGUGCCAAGAGACAUUUAUCAGAGAAUUAAAAAACUUGAAGAUAAAAUCCUUGAAUUGGAAGGCAUCUCUCCUGAAUAUUUUCAAACUGUAAACUUCUCUGGAAAAAGAAGAAAAGUUCAACUACCUCAGCAGAACUAUUCUCUGGCUGAACUUGAUGAGAAAAUUAGUGCCCUCAAACAAGCCCUGCUCAGAAAAUCAAGAGAAGUAGAAUCCAUGGCAACUCACCACCUUCCGUGAGAAACUCCUCCUCAUCCUUGUCAUUUUCCUUUUUUUAUGUACCUGUGUGUAACUUACACUGUAAUUAAUUAAAUGGUAGGUAUUUAUAAUGUAAACUUUCUGUGAAGUCAAGGUUUAUUUUUAAAGCUUGCAGCAAGUAAUCUUAAAGUAUUCCAAUGAGUUUUGAAAUAAUGAAUGCAUUCAAAAUAGCAUUAUUGGACUUUAUUUCCUUCUGUUUUAAAGGAGGUAUUUGGAAUUUGAAAAACUUAAUUUGACAGUACUUUUUUUUUUUUGAUGGACCACAAAAAGGAAGAUUAUUUUGAUAGCGAUAUUUAAAAGGACUUUAUAUUUGUAACAUUGGUUAACUAGUUUAUCAGUUUAGAUUACUACUUUGCACAUCGUGGGCAUCAAACAAAAGUUUAUUUACUGAAAUGAAUUUUAAAUGCAUGUAUAAAAUUUAUUUUUCAAAUGUCAAUAUUAAUGUAAAUAAAAUAAACAGUAGGUCUAAUUUUAUUUCUU